AUGCGAGCUACUGCACGGCUACAGUCGUUGGCUCGCUCACUGACACAGGCACCUCGCGCCACACGCAUGGCGUCUUCAUCAGCUUCAGACACGCCUGCAUUCGAGCGCUCCCCCGUACCGAGCGGGAAUCCGCUCGGCGAAGGACGCCAUGUCACUUCGGCCGCAUGCCUGAUCAUCGGCGACGAGGUGCUGAACGGCAAGACGCACGACUCGAAUUCUAACUUUCUUGCGAAACAGCUCUUCGAUCUGGGCAUAUCGCUGAAGGAGAUCCAAGUCAUACCCGAUGAAGAGGAGAGGAUCAUUGAGGCGGCUAAGCGGAUGACGGCUUCCUAUGAUCUUGUUGUGACGAGUGGUGGCAUCGGUCCGACACAUGAUGACAUUACAUACGAUAGCAUGGCGAAAGCAUUCGGCGUCGAACUCAAAUAUCACGACGAGACAAUUCAUAGGAUGUACGAGAUGGGCAAGAAGAGAUAUGCAGAGCAGAAACAGACAGAGGAGCAAAUGCAAGCCCGCAAGAGGAUGGCGCUCUUGCCCAAUCCAGCAGAAGUGCUGUUCGUCCAGCCUGACUUGUGGGUGCCCAUCGUUAGGCUAGGCGGAAAGCUUUGCAUCCUGCCUGGCGUACCGAGACUGUUUCAGCAAUUGACGAUCGGUCUGCUGCGAUACCUGCCGCUGCCGCCCAGUGACAUGAAGCCAUACAGACACCUCAUCCACACCAAGCAGCCAGAAAGCAGUAUCGCGCCUUUCCUGACUUCCCUGCAAAAUCGCGUCAAAGAGGAAGGUAUCAGCGUGGGCAGUUAUCCAAAACUGUUGGCCGGCGUCGAUGUCUCACUUAUAGGUAAAGACCUGGCGCGAUUGCAAGAGCUCGGGCAAGAAGUUGUGAAGGAACUAGAUGGCAAGGUCGUCGCAGAGGGCAGAGUGGGCGAAGAAAAAGACCUCAAGUAG